GCCGCCGGCGGAGCCAGCGCGGAUCGGCCCAGCAUGGAGGGGACGCGGCGCGCCCUGCUCCGCCUCGCCGCGGCUUGCUGCCUGCUCUGCGCCCUGCCAGGAGAGUGUCAGAAGACAGCAGAGAUGACACCAGCUUUUCUUAGCACAGAGCCAACCUCGCAUCAGCCAAGGGAAGCCUCUGCCUUCAGUGCAGUGACUGGUGCCAUUCCCAAGACAAGCCUGGAGAGAAACUUGACUGCUGCCACACUCAAUGCCACUGGAGCCCAUGCUACAGAGAUGGAGGAUGCCUCCAUCCCUACCACCCCCAUGGUGGGCACCAAGGAAGAGACACUGCAGGCUUCCACCACUGCCAGCACCGAGGAUGUCACCGUUGCACAGCAUGAGCACCACAACAUGAUCUUGUCAGUCAACAGCAGCACUGAAAUCCUCUCCCCUGUCCCAACUGCCAGCACUCUGGAAGAAAGCCAGCCCCACCACGAUGUCCCUGAGCCUUUCAACACAACUGAAGAAAUGGAGGAGGCCAGUAGUGCAACCCCCACGCCUCCCCUGAGCAGUGUGACAGCAGCAAGUAACAGCUCUCAACCUUUUGGUGGGCAGACCAUGGGACCCACAGCAGCAACGUCUGAAACCAGGCCAGGAACAAGCCCUGUGGGUGCCACAGAGGAGAGCGCCACAGAGGAGAGCACCACAGAGCCCAGAACCUCCUCUGCUCCCAUCUCAAGCACAGGGAGCAUGUCCUCUGCUACUGCCUCCAGCACUGCAACAGUGAGACCCCUUGUGACCAGCUCCUCAUAUGCUAGCACAGCUGCCAUCCCCACCAGCACACCUACACUGGAGCAGGCAUUAGAGCCCAUGCAUGAGAAAGCUUCUGUAUUGGAUGUUGGUGAUGACGAAAAUCCAGAGCUACCCAGUUCCCCUUUGGCUGAUACAACGAAGGCUGAUCCCUUGGUGAUCACUGUGAUCUCUGUCUUCAUUGUCAUGGUGGGCAUCCUAGGCCUAGUGGGCUUCCUGAGAUACCGCCAGCACAACAGCCGCAUGGAGUUCCGGCGCCUGCAGGACCUGCCCAUGGAUGACAUGAUGGAGGACACCCCUCUCUCACUCUACAGCUACUAGGCAACCAGGCUGUCCUCUGCCUGGCCGGCUGAACUUCCCAGAGGAGAAAGCCUUGAGGACUUCUUGAGGUCCCAGACGAUCUGCUGAGGAAUGAGGGGCUGUGAUUUGCACACAACUGAAAGAUCCUUUUCAGAUGGCUUUUGGUUUUAGACAUUUUCAAUAGUUCAAUGUUGAAGUUUUUAUGCUGAGAAACAGAGCCCAAGUCUGGCCCUUUCCUCCAGGCUCUCCUUGAAACCAUGCCCUGAAGAGGUGUCUCCUCCUUUUAGUGUGGUGACCAAUUAGCCAAGACAACCUUUGCCAUCAUGUUCCACAUGGAGCUCUUCUGUCCAUCUAGGCGGCUGCUGCUUUCAGAGGAGAUGGGCAAGUGAUCCAUACAAGAGCUCUUAACGCUGGUGGUGUCAGCACAGUGCUAGAAAAGGAGACUGCUGUUUUCUAAGGGAGCCAAGGAUGUGGAAAGCAGUUGUCUUGGGCUCCUUCUUGUUCUGUAUUUUUAAGGUUGUUUGGUUUGGGUUUUUUUCUUGCACUUUUUUUGUUCCCGUUUCAGCUUUUGUCCCAGGAUUGGCACAGCCCAUCCUGAAACACCUACCAGGAGGAUGACAGACUGCUCCGCUUCCUUCCUACGUGCAUACCUUUUCUCUUUAACCAGGGAAAACAGUUUUGUGGCCACUGGAGAAGUGCCCUUGCUACUUGAUGUUGCUUUGAAGUUGCUGGGAGGAAAAUGAACAUAAUUUUAGCUUAACAGGGCCUGAUAGGAGUCAGUCUGUUGCAAUUAGACACACUAAUUUGGUCUCACCAAAAUUAGGAAACCGUGUCUCCCAUACUUGAUGCCUUCAGCAUAUGUGUAAACUCUUUUCCCAGGCUCAGUAAAUGCUUUAGUCUAUUUCUCUGCCUGGAUUGACACUUGCCUUUCCUCAGGUACCUCCCAUUUUGCUGCUAGCAUCUGGUUGCUGAAAGUUGUACAAAACUAGUACUGCACUCUGCCUCCUCUGCUAUGCAAGGUCAAAGCUCCUUUACCUUCUAAUGUUGGUCUUUGUGGCAGGUGGCAUCUCAUCAUGAGGACAGAUCUUGGAUGUAGAUGCCUUCCUCCCCUUCCCUUUCUAGGUGUUAGGCUGAUUAGAUUCUGCACUUUUGACUCAAAGUAUCACUGCUGUAGACUGCAUCUAAGGCUCCUGAGUCUCCUCAAGGAAUGGACCAGGGUCUCUGAGUGUAAGUCUGAGGAUCUUUUGGUGCCCUUGCCUCAGAAAGACCGUAGUGUGCAUCACAUGGAAUUGUUCAUGUAGUUAACACUUGCUCCUAUUUUCUAAUUCACAUUUGACUGCAGGUAAAGAGAAACACAUACCUUCUCUAGAGUGUUUGAUUUGUGACUAAGCCAGUUGCUCCCUCAGGAUACAGAAAGGGCUAGACAGAGAUUGUCUACCACAUUGCUCUUACAAGCCUCAGUCUAUCCUCUCCUUUCAGUAGCAACACUCACUGACCCCACAAAGGACAGAUACCAGCCCUCACUAGCAAAACUACCUUUUUUUCCCAGUGUUGUCAUUACUUGUCUUAGCAGGGAAAGGGGAAUUUUCCAGUCAGCAGGUCUUAAAUUAUCUGCAAAGCCCAAAGAUUGAGCAGAACUGGUCUGGGUCAAAUAGAUGAACCACUAAGGCAGUGGUUCCUCCUUCCUGUGCUAGUACUGCCUGAAGUGGCUGACAAAACAGCUGCAGUGCAGUUUGGGUUCUGCUAUUGGCUUUGGCCUUGCAUCUGUUUAUUGUAAGGAUGCCCAGUAAAAUAGGGAAGAGGGUUGGUUCUCUCCUACUAUUACUGCAUGAAAACUAAAGGGCAAUUGUCACAGCUCCAAAGUUUUUGUAUCAAGCAUUGUCAGAGCAGAGCAAUCUCCCUAGCUACAGACUUGUUUCCCCUGCUGGAGGGCAGGGUGCUACUGGUUUUUGGCACAAAGAGAGGCAACUUACUGGUGGAAAAUAGAACUCCAUCCUGGCUGGAACUGGUGCAGGCUGGCAGAGCUGGAAAGUGUCUCUGCACACAACAGAAAGGGCAGGGGCUGGUUAGUCUGGUUUCCCAUACAUCACUGUCCAGGGGAAAGGGCUGAGGAAGAAAACUCGCCCAACACCAAAGUGCAACUUUCUUUGUAAAAUAUGUUAAUAGUGGAUUAUUUUUUUUCUGCAAUAAAGUUACAAAUGCCAAA